GAGGAUGGAGGUCCGCAGCCGUCUUGCGCCGAGCAGCGGAGGGGGGGGAGGCAUGCGCCGCCUGGCCUCGCUUCCCCGCGGCGCCGCGCGCCACCCGCCGCUCGUGGUCGGGGCCACGCUGGGCCCCUGAAGGUCCCGCCACGACGUCGUUGCUCGCGGGAUGGCGUCGGCGACGCCUGGCGGCGUCAAGUGGGAGGUGGCCAGCCCCGCUGACGGAAAGGCGAAGUCAGACCUCAAGGAGGUCACGAGCCCGGCGAGCAUGAACUCUGGCAAGCUUCAGGACGUCUACGAGGCGCGCGUGGACGAGCUCGAGAGGCCGCUGAUGCUGGAGGUCAGCUACGCGGACGGGUGCGGGGGCGCUGUGAAGGAGGUCCUGUUCGUCGACCCCGUCGAUGCCGAGGCGCGCCCGCGCGUGUGCGUGUCCGUGAGCGGCGUGAAGGCAAUGCACAACGCCAUCUCCGUGCUGAGCCGCAAGGUGGACAGCCUCGUGCACUCGCUCCAGGCGUGCAGAUCCGCGUACUACAAGGAG